AAUCGUACACAGUUCUCACGCCAGGGGCACUGAAGGUGGUGAGGUGGUUGUAGUGUAAUGGUGGUGGUGGUGGUGUUAGUAUAUGUGUACUGAUAAUUACCUGCUCUAGUACACAUUCUUCUCCACAGAGUUCGGAACUGCAUAUAGUCUUUCGUCAUCAAUAACAACUUCAACACAAAACAUCGACCAAUCGGGAACGUCAACAAUUCAGGGAUAAUGACGUCAUUCCCACCAGCCAGGUUAUUGGUCGGGAUGAUUGGUCUGCUGGUGACGUCAUUGCUGAUGUCACUGGCCACCGGCGAAUUAUUGAUCCAGGAUAAUGAUCGUCGGGAAACCUCGCCUAAUUACGCGGCAUGGGCAGCUGACCUGAAACCAGGCUUCGUGAUCGUCAAACUGCAACAGAACGGCAGACUGUGCUCCUGUAAAGUACCUGUUACCUCACCUCUAAUUACUGGACAGGUGACGACAGAGGGACCCACCCAACCUUCAAGUGGAUCAGGUCAAGCUUCAGGUGGAUCAGGUCAAGCUUCAGGUGGAUCGGGUCAAGCUUCAGGUGGAUCAGGUCAAGCUUCAGGUGGAUCAGGUCAAGCUUCAGGUGGAUCGGGUCAAGCUUCAGGUGGAUCGGGUCAAGCUUCAGGUGGAUCAGGUCAAGUUUCAAGUGGAUCAGCUCAAGCUUCAAGUGGAUCAGGUCAAGCUUCAGGUGGACCAGCCCAAGCUUCAGGUGGAUCAUCCAAAUCUUCCUCGACUCUCGCCGGAUCUUCCUCCUUUUCUUCCUUCACAUCGACACUCAACUCUCCGAAAAGUUCAUCUGGAUUUAACUCGUUGUCUUCCUCCCUAGGCAGUUCCUCCCCAUCUUCCUCCCUAAGUAGUUCCCCCCCAUCUUCCUCCUAGGCAGCCCUCCCCAUCUUCCUC